GGCGGGAUGGUGCCGCGGUGCCAGGUGGAAGUGUUGUAUUUUGCAGAAAGUGCUGAAAUAACAGGAAUUCGCUCAGAGACCAUUUCUGUGCCACAAGAAAUAAAAGCAUUGCAGCUGUGGAAUGAGAUAGAAACACGCCAUCCUGGAUUGGCUGACGUCAGAAAUCAGGUGAUAUUUGCUGUUCGUCAAGAAUAUGUCGAGCUUGGAGAUCAGCUCCUCCUGCUUCAAUCAGGAGACGAAAUUGCCAUUAUCCCCCCCAUUAGUGGAGGAUAGUGCUUUUGAGCCACCUGGGAAAGAUAUAAAUGAAGUUGAAGAGAAAUCAAAAGAUAUGAUAACAUUCACAUCUGAGCAACUGUCAGUAGAUGAAGUCUCACAGCUGGUGAUUUCUCCAUUCUGUGGUGCAAUAUCCCUAUUUGUAGGAACUACAAGGAAUAACUUCGAAGGGAAAAAAGUCAUUAGCUUAGAGUAUGAAGCAUAUCUACCAAUGGCAGAAAAUGAAGUCAGAAAAAUUUGUAGUGACAUUAGACAGAAAUGGCCAGUCAAACACAUAGCAGUGUUCCAUCGGCUUGGCUUAGUUCCAGUGUCAGAAACAAGCAUUAUCAUUGCUGUGUCCUCAGCCCAUAGGACUGCAUCCCUCGAAGCUGUGAGCUAUGCCAUUGAUACUUUAAAAGCCAAGGUGCCCAUAUGGAAAAAGGAAAUGUAUGAAGAAUCAUCAUCAUCUUGGAAAAGAAACAAAGAAUGCUUUUGGGCAACCGAUUAAACCACUUAG